CCUAAGUUAACCCAAACCCGACCCGACCCGCCAAACCGAUCCACCCAGUAUAUAACUUCGUUUCCAAUUUUGGACUAGUCCGAUGCACUGCUGAGAGUAAUAGCCAACUCUGCUACUCUCUGAUUCAAACUCCCCAAAGCUCACCGUCCUCGGUCUCCGAUUUCACUGCACGACGUCGUUUUCAUCGCCCACUGCUUCGUCUCAGAUCUACCGCCUCAUCUCCUCCAAUCUAAUGCUGCUCUACUAGCUCAAUUACUGUUUCCAAAUUCCGAAUUCUCGUGAAGCUCGAUUUUGAAUGUGGAGGAUUUGAGCGGCGGUCACGAUGGAGGAGGUGCUAGGGCUCAGAGCCAGGUCCAGAAUAGCUAUGCUCGUUGUUCUCGUCCUCGGCGUAGUCCUCGCCGGAAUCUAUGGCUUGCUGAAGCCGGUCUCCAACGGCUGUAACAUGACGUACAUGUAUCCGACGUAUAUUCCGAUACAGUUGAGUAGCUCCGAUGCUGCAGCAGCGCCGGCGGCGAAGUACGGCUUGUAUCUGUACCACGAAGGCUGGAAGUCGAUUGACUACAAGCAGCAUCUUCGGAAGCUCAGCGGCGUUCCGGUGCUGUUUAUUCCGGGGAACGGCGGGAGCUAUAAGCAGGUGAGGUCAUUGGGGGCGGAAUCUGAUAGGGCGUAUCAGGCAGGUCCGCUUGACCGGACGUUUUAUCAAGAAGCUUGGUUGACUCCUGAAGAGGGAGGGGAGGAGGAUAUGGAUGUAGGUGGAUAUGAGUUGCCGAAUCAGUACGAUUCGAGGUUGGAUUGGUUUGCUGUGGAUCUUGAAGGUGAACAUUCUGCUUUGGAUAGUGGUGUACUAGAGCAACAAGCAAGUUAUGUUGUCCGCUGCAUUCACAGGAUUUUGGAUCAAUACGAGGAAUCUUUCAAGGCUAGAGAAAGGGAAGGAGCCGCAACCUCUGUGACUUUGCCAAAAAGUGUUAUAUUGGUUGGCCACUCUAUGGGUGGUUUUGUUGCAAGAGCUGCAGUGGUCAACCCUCAUUUGAGAAAGUCAGCAGUUGAAACAAUUCUUACACUUUCGAGUCCACACCAAUACCCUCCUAUAGCGCUACAGCCUUCCUAUGCUCACUACUAUAGAUAUGUUAAUCGAGAAUGGCGAAAGGGAUAUGAGGUCCAAACAACUGCAGCAGGACAUUACUUGUCUGAUCCUCCUCUCUCAAAUGUUGUGGUUAUAUCCAUCUCUGGUGGUUAUAAUGAUUACCAGGCAAGGACCAAGUAUGAAUCCCUUGAUGGCAUUGUGCCGCCUACCCAUGGUUUCAUGAUCAGUAGUACCGGCAUGAAAAAUGUUUGGUUAUCUAUGGAGCAUCAAGUUAUCUUAUGGUGCAAUCAACUAGUUGUCCAAGCAUCACACACUCUCCUUAGCUUGGCAGACUCCAGAACAGGCCAGCCUUUCUCUGACAAACGAAUAAGACUUGCAAUAUUCUCAAAAAUGCUCCGUAGUGCAAUACCACAGAGUUUCAAUUGGAAGACGCAAUCACGAUUGUCUCAAUUGCCAAUACAUGCUCCAACUAGAGACGUGAAAGACAGAACUGAUUCACUGUUUAUCUCUGCUGCAUGUCCUAGCAAUGUUCAUUGGAAUGAUGAUGGCCUUGAGAGGGACUUAUAUAUUCAGACAACCACCGUCACUGUUUUAGCCAUGGAUGGUCGGCGGCGGUGGUUGGACCUUCGAAAACUGGGAUCCAAUGGAAGAAGUCACUUCAUGUUUGUGACCAACCUUGCUCCAUGUUCUGGGGUUAGACUUCAUCUAUGGCCUGAAAAAGGAAACUCAACUUCAGACUUGCCAGUAUGUAAAAGGAUCCAUGAGGUGACAUCGAGGAUGGUGCUCAUUCCAUCAGGACCAGCACCAAGACAGAUUGAACCUGGGAGCCAAACAGAACAAGCUCCCCCUUCAGCUAUUCUCCUUUUAGGACCGGAGGAUAUGCUCGGUUUCAGAUUCCUGACCAUCUCAGUUGCACCACGUCCGAGUAUUUCAGGCAGACCUCCACCAGCAGUUUCCAUGGCAGUUGGUCAGUUUUUUAAUCCCAAGGAAGGGGAGAGAGAGAUCUCUUCUUGGUCACCUCCGCUGUCUGGAUUUUCUAACAAGGAUCUAUCUUGGAAGGAAGAUCAUCCCCUUGCUUUGAAUCUAUCAUUCACAAGUAGCUUAGGCCUUCUGCCUGUAAAAUUCUCUUUGAAGACAGCAGGUUGUGGAAUAAAGAAUUCUGGACUUCCAGAUGAACAGGCUGCAGAUAGCGAUAUUAGCAAGCUCUGCAAACUUCGCUGUUUCCCACCCGUUGCAUUUGCUUGGGAUGAAACGUCAGGUCUCCAUGUAUUCACAGAUAUGUAUAGUGGCACAAUUGUUGUUGAUUCAUCACCAUUGCUUUGGAGUUCACCCAGAAGUUCUGAGAAAACCUCUGUUAUGUUGGUGGUAGAUCCACAUUGUUCAUAUAAGAGUGCGAUGACAGUUUCUGUAACUGCAAUUGCCAGUAGGUUUUUGCUUGUUUAUACUUCACAGAUUAUUGGUUUCUCCAUUGUUGUUAUCUUUUUUGCACUGAUGCGGCAAGCAUGUGCAUGGGAUUGUAACCUACCCAUACCCUCGAUGAUGAAGGCUUUGGAGUCCAAUUUGAGAUUUCCAAUACCAUUUACCUACCUUGCUAUUGCACCAAUCGGUCUUUCUUUACUUGUCGGAUUUUGGAUUUCUCAACCAUCUCCUUCAUUUUUUGGCUUCACCAUUGUCUCAGUUGUCUGCUAUUUCCUUGCUAAUGGCUUGGUAGCCAUUCUGAUUUUGAUAUCCCAGUUCGCGUUUUAUGGAGCUGCUCUACUGCAUACUUUCAUAAAAAGAAGGUUUCAAUCUUCGGGAAAAAGUUCUCAAUGGUUUCUGAAUAUGUCCUUUGGUUUCUGUUCAUGGAAGGUGCUAAGGGUAAUAAGAGCUAAUCCUCUAAUGGUUACAGCACUUGCUACAAUUACUUUGGCAUGCUUGGUUCAUCCAGGGUUGGGUCUGCUUGUUCUCCUGUUCUCUCAUGCUUUAUGCUGUCAUACUGCACUUUGCAGUUAUUUGACAGCUUCAUUUCGCAGCCAAGCACGAAAACAUGAAUUGUUUGAUUAUAAGAAAGACGGCAAUGAUGGAUCUGACAAACUUAUAUUCAAACGUGAUGGUCUGUCAAAGCAGAAUUUCCCUUCUGAAGAUACGAGCUCCAAUAGCCCAGACUCUUCAAAAAGUUUUGGUGAAACUCAAUUAGAGAUAUUCAAUCAUCGGCAUGGGUUGUUUAUAUUGCAUCUUACGGCAACACUCAUGUUUGGCCCAUCAUUUGUGACUUGGUUGGAGAGAAUUGGGGCAGAACAUAGCUUUCCGUGGGUCUUGGAUUCAGCUCUUACCACAGGUGUGAUCCUUCAUGGUAUCUUCACAUCAAACCCCCAGUUCAAUUCCUUCCUAGUUUCUUUCCCUCCAAUCCGAAACCUAGAAGUGAAGAUGCAUACACUAUACCUGUUUGCUGGAUACUAUUCCUAUCUCUCUUCCCUGGCCUUGGCUCCAUAUAGAGAAUUUUGUGUUAUGGCUGCUGUAGGCUAUAGUUCUAUUGGUCUGACCCUCUUACAGAGAUGGAACAAGGAGAAGGCAGAUGCCCAUUUUGUUAGCCGAAGGCACUCCCACAGGCACUGACAUCCCCCACAAACACACAGUUACUCAGUGGCCAUAUCUUCAGUAAGGCCCCUUGUACAAAUAUAGGUUAUGAGAACAUUUAGUCCUUAAGAGGGUGAGAUUCAUUCGUGGACUUGCUUUUAUAACCACAGUUUGCAAUCAGAAUUCUCACAAACAAGCAAGUGAACCUGUUCAGUGAAG